CCCAUAACAACCGACCCCAUAACAACCGACCCUAAAUCGACCGAUCCCAUAUCGGCCCACGAAGAUUUUGCCUACAGCGCCCCCAAGCGGCCGGCACUCUAUAGGACGCUGCCUCUCCUCCUCCUCCUCCUCUCCAACCCCAUAUCGGCCGACCCCAUAACAACCGACCCCAAAUCGACCGAUCCCAUAUCGGCCCACGAAGAUUUUGCCUACAGCGCCCCCAAGCGGCCGACGGUGCGAAUUACAUCGGGUUCCAUCCGGGGCCUUUUGCUCCCUGCCGGCUCUUCCACGGCCGCCGCCUUUUUAGGGAUCCCAUACGCCGUCCCCCCUUUAGGAUCCCUCCGUUUCCGUCCCCCGAUCCCGAUCCCAAAACCUUGGCCUGGUAUCCGAGAUGCGGAUUCUCAACCUUUCGCCUGUUAUCAAAUGAUAGACACCACUUUUCCGGGUUUUCAAGGCUCCGAGAUGUGGAAUCCUAAUAGGGAAAUGAGCGAGGAUUGCCUUUAUCUCAACGUCUGGACCCCAAAAAGGCGACCCUAUAAAGCUCCCGUGAUGGUUUGGAUUUAUGGGGGUGGUUUUUACAGCGGUUCUGUUUCCCUGGAUGUUUACGACGGGCGUUUUUUAGCCGUGGCUGAGGAUGCUGUCGUGAUAUCCAUGAAUUAUCGCGUGGGAUCUUUAGGGUUUUUAGCUUUGCCGGGUCAUCGGGACGCACCGGGUAACGUGGGUUUAUGGGAUCAACGCCUGGCUUUGCAAUGGAUCAAGGAAAACGUCGAGGUUUUUGGGGGGGAUCCCAAUCUGGUGACCCUAUUUGGCGAAAGCGCCGGUGCUGCUUCUGUAGGAUUUCAUCUUUUAUCACCCUACAGCCAAGGGUUGUUUAAUAGGGCCGUCCUUCAAAGCGGUUCCCCCAAUGGACCCUGGGCGAGUAUCGGGGCGGCCGAGGGGAAAAGGAGGGCGAUGCUUUUAGGGCGGGUUGUAGGGUGCCCUUAUGGGAACGAGACGGAAUUAUUGGGGUGUUUAAGGGGGAAGGAACCUGGGGAGCUUUUAGAAGGGGAAGGGAUGGUGAUGCCACCCCAAAGCGUUUUUAGGUUCGCUUUCGUUCCCGUGGUGGACGGGGAGUUUUUGGUCGAUAAUCCCGAAGUGGUUUUAGGGGGUUAUGGGGUCGGUUUUGGGGUUGGGGGUCACGGGGUUGAGCGUCAUGAGGCUGAGGGUUAUGGGGUCGGUUAUGGGGUCGGUUAUGGGGUCAGGGGAGGGAGGGAGGAGGUUGGGGCUGAGGGUUAUGGGGUGAAGGAAGGGGUUGAGGGCGGUUAUGGGGUCGGGGAAGGUUAUGGGGCUGAGGGUUAUGGGGUCAGUGGGUUGUCUGGUGGGGUGAAGAUGGCUUCCAGACCCCAAAGGGACGAGGCGUCACUCGAUGAUUAUGGGAUGGAGGAGGGUUAUGGGGUCAAGGAGGGUUAUGGGGUGAAGGAAGGUUAUGGGGUGAAGGGUUCAUCGGAUUCUUAUGGGGCCAAGACGUCCUCCAGGCCCCACAGAGAUGAGGCGUCACCCGAUGGUUAUGGGGCCAAGGAGGGCUAUGGGGUCAAGGAUGGUUACGGGGUCAAGGAUGGUUACGGGGUCAAGGAGGGCUAUGGGGUCAAGGAGGGCUAUGGGGUCAAGGAGGGCUAUGGGGCCAAGGAGGGCUAUGGGGUGAGGGGCUCCUCGGAUUCUUAUGGGGCCAAGCCGUCCUCCGGACCCCACAAAGAGGUGGAGGUUCUCCUUGGGGCCGUGAGAGACGAAGGUUCCUAUUUCUUAGUUUACGGGGUCCCGGGUUUCGGGAAAGAUAACGAGAGCCUGAUCAGCAGAGAAGAAUUUUUAGGGGGGGUGAGGAUGGGGGUCCCGCAAGCCAACGAUUUGGCGGCCGAAGCCGUGAUCCUGCAUUACACCGACUGGUUGGACGCCGACAACCCCAUAAAAAACAGGGAGGCUUUGGACGACAUCGUGGGGGAUCACAACGUCGUUUGCCCCCUGAUGGCCUUCGCCCAGCGUUGGGCUCAGGGGGGGGGCAAAGUUUACGCUUAUCUUUUCGAUCAUCGAGCCUCGACUUUAUUAUGGCCGUCCUGGAUGGGGGUCCCGCACGGUUAUGAAAUCGAAUUCGUUUUCGGACAACCUUUGGAUCCACAGAAAAAUUACACUGGGGAGGAGGUGGAGCUGAGCAGGAGGAUCAUGCGGUACUGGGGGAACUUCGCACGCACGGGUGACCCUAACGGGGGGGUCGGGGGUCCCGUCUGGCCUCCCUACACGCCGUCGGGUCAGCGCUACGCCCACCUCAACGCCCGGCCCCUGGCUGUAGGGCAGGGAUUGAGAACCCAAAUCUGCGCCUUCUGGACCCGAUUCCUGCCCAAGCUGCUCAACGCCACCGGUCCUCCGGAAGACGCGGAACGCGAAUGGCGGCUGGAAUUCCACCGCUGGAGUUCCUACAUGGGCCGCUGGAGGACUCAGUUCGAGCACUACAGUCGGCAGCAGCCCUGCGCCACGCUCUGAGACACCCCAACAACACCCGGAGGUGUCACCGACACCCGGACCUGUCACCUACAACGUCCCCAACACCGUCACUGAUACCUGGAGCUGUCACCAACACCGUCACCGACACCCAGAGCUGUCACCUACAAUGUCCCAACACCGUCACCAACACCCGGACCUGUCCCCAACACUGUCACCGACACCCAGAGCUGUCACCUACAAUGUCCCAACACCGUCACCAACACCCGGACCUGUCCCCAACACUGUCACUGACACCUGGAGCUGUCAACAACAACGUCCCCAACACCGUCACUGAUACCCAGAGGUGUCACCAACACCCGGACCUGUCCCCAACACCGUCACCAACACCUGGAGCUGUCACCAACAACACCCAGAGGGUCCCCAACACCCAGAGCUGUCAGCUACAAUGUCCCCAACACCUGGAGCCAUCCUCAGUGUUGUCACUUCCCCCAACACCCGGACCUGUCCCCAACACCUGGAGAUGUCACCCACUCCUGGACCUGUC